GAAAAGCUUCAUCAAUCGACUACAAUGGAAGAAGAAGCUCUGGUUUUCGCUAUCAAUGGAGAGAGAUUCGAGGUUUCCAAUUUUGAUCCUUCAAUUACCUUGCUUGAGUAUUUGCGUUCUCACACUCGUUUCAAGAGUGUCAAGCUCAGUUGCGGUGAAGGUGGUUGUGGUGCAUGUGUUGUUCUAUUAUCGAGAUAUGAUUCUGAUAACGAUGAAGUGAAGAGUUUCACUGUAAGUUCAUGCUUAACACUUCUUUGUAGUAUCGAUAAGUGUUCGAUUACUACGAGUGAAGGAUUGGGAAAUAGUAGAGAUGGAUUUCAUCCUAUUCAUGAGAGAUUUGCAGGAUUUCAUGCUUCUCAAUGUGGAUUUUGUACGCCAGGUAUGUGUAUGUCACUUUUCUCUGCUAUUGUCAAUGCGGAAAAGAUGCCUUCUAAGCUUACAGUUUCGGAAGCGGAAUUGGCUAUAUCUGGUAAUCUAUGUCGUUGUACUGGUUAUAGACCUAUAGCUGAUGCUUGUAAAUCAUUUGCUUCUGAUGUUGAUAUGGAAGAUUUAGGUCUUAAUUCCUUUUGGAAAAAGGGAGAUAGUAGUCAUCUGAAAGCUGAUAAACUACCAUUUUAUGACAGAGAUAAUCAGAUUAACGUCUUCCCUCAGUUCUUGAAGAAUGAAUUGGGGGUUUUAAAGAGACAAUCCUGGUAUACACCGACUAGUUUGUUGGAACUUCAGGUAACAUUGAAAUCCAUCUUGGCAGAAGACUCUGAAAGAGUGAAGUUAGUUGUGGGGAAUACAGGAAUGGGUUAUUACAAGGAAAUUGUCCCAUUUCACAAGUAUAUUGAUCUGAGGUAUAUACCCGAGCUUUCUGUAAUCAGAAUGGAUCAGAAUGGGAUUGAAAUUGGAGCUGCUAUAACAAUCUCUGAAGCUAUUUCAGCUCUUAAGAAGGAAAACGAAGCAAUGGGAGAAGGUGGUUCGGUGUUUCUAAAGAUCGCUAACCACAUGGAGAAAAUUGCUUCUGGGUUUGUCCGAAACUCGGCUAGUAUUGGUGGGAAUUUGGUAAUGGCGCAAAGGAAACAUUUUCCUUCUGAUAUCGUCACCAUACUUCUCGCUGUCGGAUCAACAGUGAAACUGCAAAUUGAUUCAAAAUUGGAGACAGUUUUGUUGGAAGAAUUCCUGGAAUGGCCUCCAUUAAACUUUGGAAGUGUGCUUUUGAGUAUUCAAAUCCCGCAUAACCAGUCUAAUAAAAUUGGAAACAAAGUAUUUUUUGAAACCUAUCGCGCAUCACCACGGCCAUUGGGCAAUGCAUUGCCAUAUCUCAAUGCUGCAUUCCUAGCUGAAGUCUCUCAUUGUGAAACUACUAAUGGAGUGAUUAUUAACAAUAUUCGCUUGGCUUUUGGGGCUUAUGGGGUCAAACAUGCAAUAAGGGCGAGAAAAAUUGAGGAAUUUUUAGUUGGGAAGAAGUCUUUAAGAUUAGAGGAUCUAUUGGAAGCUAUUACAUUGCUGAGAGGCAGUAUUAUUCCUGAAGUUGACACAACACAUGCUGCUUAUAGGUGUAGCCUUGCUGUUAGUUUUCUUUUUGAGUUCCUUCAUCCAUUAAUUAAUGCUCGUGAUGGAUUAGUGGAAGAUUCUUUGGAGAAGACAUUCGACCGUAAUGAAGAUCCAGGAUUGCUUUUAUCUGGAAGCCAGAUGGUUGAAUCAAAUCAGAAAUACUAUCCUGUAGGGAAGCCUAUAGAAAAAACUGGAGCUACCAUCCAAGCUUCUGGUGAAGCUGUCUUCGUUGAUGACAUUCCUUCCCCACCAAGAUGCCUUCAUGCUGCAUUUAUUUAUAGCACAAAGCCUUUGGCACGAGUAAAGUGUGUCAAAACUAACCCCGAGUUACUACCGGUGGAUGUUAUUUCCUUCCACGAUAUACCAAAAAGUGGGGCGAAUGUAGGAGCGAAGACUAUGUUUGGUCCGGAGCCUUUAUUUGCAGAUGAACUCACUAUGGCUGCUGGGCAACCUCUUGCACUUGUGGUGGCAGACACACAGAAGCAUGCUGAUAUGGCAGCCAGCAGUGCAAUAGUUGAUUAUGACUUUGAGAAUCUUGAACCUCCAAUUCUAACAGUCGAAGAUGCAGUUCAGAGGUCUAGCUUUUUUGAAGUCCCUCCAAUUAUCUAUCCAAAGCAGAUUGGUGACUUCUCUAGAGGAAUGGAUGAAGCUGAUCAUAAAAUUAUCUCUGCUGAGAUUAGACUCGGGUCUCAAUACUAUUUCUACAUGGAAUCACAAUGUGCACUCGCUAUCCCAGAUGAAGACAACUGCAUGGUCAUCUACAGUUCAAUUCAAUGUCCCGAGUAUUUACAUUCUGUCGUUGCAAGUUGCCUGGGUGUUCCUGACAAUAAUAUCCGUGUGAUAACAAGAAGAGUUGGAGGCGGCUUUGGUGGCAAGGCUAUAAGAGCUAUGCCUGUUGCUACAGCAUGUGCACUUGCUGCAUACAAAUUACAGCGCCCUGUACGAAUAUAUGUCAAUCGAAAAACCGACACAAUAAUGGUAGGAGGGAGACAUCCUAUGAAGAUUACAUAUAGUGUUGGAUUCAAAUCCGAUGGGAAGAUCACAGCCCUUCAUCUUGACAUAUUAAUUAAUGCAGGAUUCACUCAAGAUAUCAGCCCCAUUAUGCCACACAACAUUAUGGGUCCACUUAGAAAGUAUAAUUGGGGCGCUUUAUCAUUUGAUAUGAAGGUUUGCAAAACAAAUCUUUCGUCCAAGUCAGCUAUGCGGGCCCCGGGGGAGGUCCAAGGAUCAUUUAUUGCGGAAGCUGUGAUAGAACAUGUGGCAUAUGCUCUCUCCAUUGAAGCUGAUAUCGUGAGGAAGAAAAACAUGCACACUUUUGAUAGUCUUAAUAUAUUCUAUGGGGUUAGUGCAGGCGAGUCCCAUGAAUACACUUUGCCUUCGAUAUACGAUAAGUUGGCAGUUACUUCGCACCUAGAUGAAAGGAUCGAAAAGAUAAAGGAAUUCAAUGGGAAUAAUAAGUGGAGGAAACGGGCUAUCUCUCUUGUACCUAUCAUCCAUGAGGUGUUUGUGAGAGCAACCCCGGGGAAAGUGAGUAUCCUCAGCGAUGGUUCUAUCGUUGUGGAAGUUGGAGGGAUUGAGCUCGGUCAAGGGCUUUGGACAAAAGUAAAGCAAAUGACCGCAUUUGCCCUUAGUUCAAACUUAUGCAAUGCGGAUGGUGAGGAUAAUUUGUUGGAUAAAGUACGAGUCGUGCAAGCCGACACUCUCAGUCUUGUACAAGGCGGUUUUACAGCUGGGAGUACUACAUCGGAGUCGAGCUGUGAAGCUGUGAGACUUUGUUGUGAUAUUUUGGUUGAAAGAUUGAUGCCGAUUAAGAAAAGUUUAAGUGAACAAUCGGGAUCUGUGAAAUGGGAGACACUGAUUACUACGGGACAUCUUCAAUCUGUGAACUUUACAGCAAGUUCUUUCUAUGUGCCUGUUAUUGGGACUAACCACUACUUGAAUUAUGGUGCUGCUGUGAGCGAGGUGGAAGUAAACCUGUUGACAGGAGGAACAAGAAUUCUUCAAUCUGAUAUCAUUUAUGACUGCGGACAAAGCUUAAAUCCAGCCGUUGAUUUGGGACAGAUUGAGGGCGCGUUUGUACAAGGAAUUGGUUUCUUCAUGCUCGAAGAAUAUUUAACGAAUUCAGAUGGUUUGGUUGUCACGGACAGUACCUGGACUUAUAAGAUCCCAACCAUCGACACCAUUCCAAAACGGUUCAAUGUUGAGAUCCUAAACAGCAAUCAUCAUAAAAAUCGUGUUCUCUCUUCUAAAGCUUCUGGAGAGCCACCUUUGCUUCUAGCAGCAUCAGUUCAUUGUGCAACAAGGGCAGCCAUUAAAGAAGCUAGAAAACAGUUAUCUUCUUGGAGGGGAAGAACAUCGAAUGAAUCAGAUUCCGCGUUUUUCCAGUUACCAGUUCCUGCUUCGAUGCCAGUUGUUAAGGAACUAUGUGGACUAGACAAUGUAGAAUGCUACUUAGAAAGUCUGAUUUCCAGAUGCUGAAAAUUUCAUUACCAGUUUUUUUCUUCUAUAUAUUCCUGUACAAAUAAUGAGACCCUUUGAAGGUUAUUCUAUUUUAUUUAUCAGAGAUUAUAUAUGUAAUUUAAAUAAAGGAAGAUACAAUAAAUUGUGUAAUUUGAUUUUUUUAAGUUAGAGUGUCACCUAA